AUGUCAGAUAUCCAUAAUACUAUAGAAGAAUUACGGGAGAAGGUACGAGCUCUAACCACCGAAUUGAGCUCGUACAAAGUUGAAUCGAGGAGCUUGGAUCACCCUACGGCAGUUCAAUCCCGGCAGAAAAUUGAAAAAAUGAGUGCUGAGGUUGUUGAUUCCAAUCCGUAUAGCCGGCUAAUGGCAUUGAAAAGGAUGGGCAUAGUUAAGGAUUACGAAAAGAUUAGGGAGAAGACUGUAGCUGUUGUUGGAGUUGGAGGUGUGGGUAGCGUAGUGGCCGAAAUGCUCACAAGAUGCGCUAUUGGAAAGCUUCUCCUGUUUGACUAUGACAAAGUGGAGCUAGCAAAUAUGAAUCGACUGUUUUAUCAACCUCAUCAAUCCGGACUCAGUAAAGUUGAAGCGGCAAAGGAUAACUCUUGUUUCAUGUUUGUGUGCCCAAAUGGGCGCUAUUGCUGGAACAAUCUUUUCCUUGAGCAACCGCAUCGUAGCCGAGAAAUUUUCAGGCAUAUCAACCCAGAUGUGACGAUUGAAACGCAUAAUUAUAAUAUUACCACGGUGGAGAACUUCAAUAAAUUUGUGGACAGAAUACGACAUGGAUCUUUAACAGGUGGGAAGGUAGAUCUCGUGUUAAGCUGCGUGGAUAACUUCGAAGCGCGGAUGACCGUGAACACGGCUUGUAACGAAGAAAAUCAGGUGUGGAUGGAGUCUGGCGUAAGCGAAAAUGCCGUGUCCGGGCACAUUCAGUAUAUAGAACCUGGUAGAACUGCUUGUUUCGCUUGUGUGCCGCCGCUAGUCGUUGCUUCUAAUAUCGACGAGAGAACGUUAAAGCGAGAAGGUGUUUGUGCUGCAUCAUUGCCGACGACAAUGGCAGUGGUAGCUGGUUUUCUCGUGCAAAACACUCUAAAGUACCUUUUAAAUUUCGGUGAAGUGUCGAUGUACGUGGGAUAUAAUGCGCUUGUGGACUUUUUCCCUCGACAAGAAAUGAGACCGAAUGAUCAGUGUGACGAUCGGUUCUGCAGGCAACGGCAAAAGGAGUAUCAGGCGAAGAAGGCGUCUGAAGCCACUGUCGAGGUACCCGUUGCUACUCAAGAGGAGGAGAUCGUUCACGAGGAUAACUCAUGGGGAAUAGAACUAGUUGAUGAGUCUAAAGUAGAGGAGAAGACAACGGUAGUCGGAAACGGGCUCGAAUAUGCUUACGAGCUUCCCAAAGAAGGCGAAAUUGAGAUAGAGCCGGCGUCAGAGGAGCCAUCAGAAACGUCAAAACAGGAUUUAGCCGCUCUUAUGUCUCAGUUGAAAGGCCUAUAG